CCCCGCUGCCAGGCGUCGCCACUUUUGUUCCCUCCGACUCUCCCUCGCACCGGAAUCCGUAUUUUCACGUGAUUUCUCGUGACGAUUAUGGACCCCGUGCGGAACGCGUAGCCGUGUCGAGUGCAACGCGAACCGACAAACUAUGAAGUUAGUGGACGAUGUUCUUCGCACUUUCAAAGUGGCCAAGGUGUUUCGGGACAACACAGACCGCGUGAACUGCAUCGACUUCUCCCCGGCCGGGGACACCCUCAUCUCCAGCAGCGAUGACGAUCAGAUCGUCAUCUACGACUGCGAAAAGGGAACGCAGAAGAGACCCAUCAACAGCAAGAAGUAUGGAGUGGAUCUCAUACAUUAUACCCAUGCCAAGAACACAGCCAUUCAUGCCUCCACCAAAGUUGAUGAUACCAUCAGGUAUCUUUCCUUGCACGACAACAAGUACAUCAGAUACUUCCCAGGACAUACCAAGAAGGUUGUCACGUUGUGCAUGUCCCCCAUCGACGACACGUUCCUGUCGGGCUCGAUAGACAAGACCCUGAGAUUAUGGGACCUCAGGUCGACCAACUGCCAAGGAGUGAUGCAUCUGUCAGGUCGUCCUGUUGCAGCCUUCGAUCCAGAGGGCCUCAUCUUUGCUGCCGGUGUCAAUUCAGAAUCUGUUAAGCUCUAUGAUCUCAGGUCCUUUGACAAGGUGAUGUCCCAAUGCCCAGUGAAUAUUGCUGGACCAUUUGUGACAUUCAAGAUGACGCAAGAGAAGGAAUGUGAUUGGACUGGUUUGAAAUUCAGUCCUGAUGGUAAAACCAUUUUAAUAUCAACCAACGGUUCUAUAAUCAGGCUCCUUGAUGCCUUCCAGGGCACACCUCUGCAGGAAUUUGGGGGCCAUCUCAAUAAUAAGGGGAUCCCCUUGGAGGCCUCCUUCAGCCCAGACUCCCAGUUCAUAUUUAGUGGUUCAACCGAUGGCCGCAUCCAUGUGUGGAAUGCGGAAUCCGGCUUCAAGGUUUGUGUCUUGAAUGCAGACCACACCGGUCCAGUUCAGUGGUAUCAUGGGCCAAUGUCACGACAGGAAGCCAAUGACUUGCUCAUGGUAGAGAGGGAUGGAGGUGUUUUCCUGGUGCGAGACAGCAAAACCAUGAGAGGCGAUUUCGUCUUGUGUGUCAAGGAAGACAGCAGAGUGAGUCACUAUAUCAUCAACAGGAUCACUCAAGAUGGCCAAUAUAAAUACCGCAUUGGAGACCAAGUUUUUGCAGAUCUUCCCAAGCUCUUGAGCUUUUACAAGCAGCAUUACCUUGACACAACUCCUCUUGUUCGACCAGCAAUGAAGAAGUUGGAGAAAGUCAUUGCCAAAUAUGAUUUUCAUGGGAGAGAUAUGGAAGACUUGCCAUUCCAGAAGGGAGAAGUUUUGACAGUUGUCUCAAAGGAUGAAGAGCAAUGGUGGAAGGCCAAGAACAGAGUUGGACAAAUUGGUGAUAUACCUGUCAACUAUGUGGAAAAGUACCAGGAGCCACCUUCGAUCAGUGAUGCAGUGGUACGGCACACCAAUGGGCCUCGAGUAAGUUCUGGGUCCUCCUCGUCUGGCACCAGGUCCAGUGGUGAGGUUCCAGUUAUUUUGGAAGGAGGAAAUCCAUCGCCUACGCCUCUUGAUGCUUCAGCAUCACCUCCCCAAGUCUCUACUGAGGUGACCCAGCGGAGACUGCCUGCACUCUGCAGAGUGAAGAAGCCAUUUGAUCCAAGUCCGUACGACCACGAAGCCUUGCGUCUCAAGGAAGGUGAUGAGGUGAAAGUGACCAAAAUGAACCCCAGUGGAACAUGGGAAGGAGAAUUCAAUGGAAGAACAGGCAAGUUCCCUUUCACACAUGUGGAGUUCAUCGAUGGCACCGAGGAAGAAUUGUCAAGACUUGGAAUCAGUGACGACUGAUGCACCAUCAUCACUUCUACUGUGAUAUUUGAUUCCCUCUUUGAUGGUAUCCUUGCGAGGAGGCAGACUAUUGAGAGACAUCCAUCAAUGCAGGCAGAGUAUAGAUCCCUUACUUUCUAAGGAUGCAUCUUGAAUGAAAUUCAGCUACUGGAUGUUUCUGUCUCAGACAAACUUGGCAGGCCCCAGACCAGCCAAGUUGGAAGAGGUUAUGCAUCUCAGUGGAUGACAUUUAAAAUGCAUCAUAUCCGUUUUUUAUCACCCACUGUAGUUUGCUCACUUUGGUUUCCAAAGGGGGCACAGAGACUUUUUGCAAGUUAUGCAUGGCCUGCUUUCUUUGAAGAUAGAAGUCUUUAUUUGACUCCUGUGAAGGCAGAAUCCCUGAGUUCUUCAGAGGUUUCAAUUAGAGCGUGAGCAAUUGUAAGGAUUCCACAGAGGCUUGGCUUGAGCAGAUGGCAUUUAUAUACCCUUUUUUAUAUUUAAUGUUUGAUCCUCAGUGCUCAUAUAUCAUCAAAUGAAGACAGUCUCACAGGUGAAAUUUUCCAUUCUCAAUAGUGUUGCUGAGGUGUGUGCAUUGCUACAUCCCUUCAGUUAUUUACACCCAGUUUUUACCCUAUUUUUUUAAGCUUUGAAUAUUAUGGGAAGCUGCUAGGUCUGUUGAAGCCCCCACUCUAGCUCAGAACCCACAAGUUUUGAUUUCGAAGGACAUUGAUUGAGCUGUCCCUGUACUUUCUCUGAUAGAAGAACUUGAUAUUCAAGUGAAUAUCAACAUACCAUGCUUGAGACACUCACAACUGGUCAGCGUGUAGUCUUUCAUUGCGAAAGAGUGUUCCUGAAACUUAUGCAAGCAAUGUACUCUGCUUUCUAUGCAUGCACGAUGAUAGUACUCAGAGCAAGCUAAUGAAUUUGUCUUUGCAAACAUAUUGGCUUCCUGAGAUUAAAAUUCAUGUCUCUUGCAUCAAAAGAUAUAACGGUACCUGACUGAUUUCUAUAUUGCCUUACUGAUGGAUGGAAGUUGAGGUGAAGCUGUUUUUCUGUUUUGCAUUUGCAUACACAAUCCAUACAAAAUUUGUCAGUAGUGAUAGGCCUUGCACAUGUGAUAAGCAGGCAUGACCAAGUUUUAAAGGGGAACAAACCUUUGAAAUUGAAACAGUGAUAGAAAAAAAUUAAUGUCCUGAGUUGAAGGCGAUGCUAUUGGAUGUAGAUUUUGAAUAAGUUUUUGCAUUGAAGGUAUGAACAGUGAUUUUGUGGUGGGGGAGGACUGGCUUGGAUGUUGAUGUCAUCAUGUGGGAGCCUUAUAAUGGAAUCACCUGCAUUUAUUCCUUGUAAUCUUAUUGGGUCUUGUUCAUCCAUUUGCUGAAUUGGUUCUUCCAACUUUACAUUUCCAUGCUUCCAGCUACCAUGACUCAUUCCUCCAUUGCAUCUGGAAACUUGAAGGAAUAGGCCUUAAGUCAUGAGUAUGAGGCAUUCUAGUCCACAGGCCUGACCUUUUAGUUAAGGACUCAAGCAUGCUCAGUGUGCACUUUAAGGUGGUGGGGAACAUAUUCAUGGAAUGAUACAAAUUUGCAUGUUUAUUUUUAGAAAUUCCUUAAAUUGAUAGAUAUUCAUGCUGGAAACGAGACAUUUGUGAUGAACAACUGAAAUGAUUCUUUAAUCUCCCUAUCACUCCUCCAUGAACACUGUUCAAAACUCUUCAUGUCUCAGUUAACAAGGUGAGAGGUGCAAGGGAAGUGCUGGCCUUGCAUGAUGACAUCAGACUCCAAGGAUUUUCCCCCUCCAUUUUUCACUUUGCUUCACUAUGUGACUCACAAUGCCAUUGGGCCAUUGAGUUCUAGUUCCUGCUAUCAGUUCAAUGUUUUGAAUUUAACUCUUUCACUCCCCUUUAACUCAAACUAAGAAUUUUUGUCAUUUGUGCCACAACACUGAUCUUCCACAACCAAGUCUUUAAUAUUUUGGUAAUGCUGCCUGUCCUUUACCCUGUGAGGUGCAAUGUUUACCUCAGUAUCCCUAAGAUGACCAGUGACUGGAUGAUGUUUACCUAUCAUUGUCUUGAUGAUCUUGCCUUAUAGUUUGUGUGGGUUACUCAAAUCAUGUAAACUUGGCCUAAGCUCUACUGCUAUUCAAUGCAGGUGAAUUACACUGCUACUGAAUCUGUGAAUUAUUUACAUAUGUUGUCUGUGGCUAUGAAUUACCUUCGUUGAGCAUCUUUUGGAACAUUUCCCCACAUAUGGUUCCUUUUAUUAUCCCUUGGGUAGAUGAAUGUCUGUUUUUUACUUACCAAGAUCUCACAAUAAGGGAGUGCAGGACGAUCAGAAAGGAAUCCCAAACAGGACUUUCUGAUCCCAAAUAGGACAGACCAGAUGAACGUUUACCUUGGGUGAUUUGUAGAUCUGAAGAUGUGAUUCUGGCCUUGCCAGGCUCAGAUUUGCUAUGUUUAUUUGUGUUUUCCUCUGAAGUGUAGUUAGCACACUGGCUCUUGAGUUUCUUUGAGGGAGAGAGAAGUAGGUUUGCUUGUUUGUGUAUGUGUUUGUAUAUGUUGAGGAUUCCAUGCUGGUCAUGUUUGGAAUGGCUCAAACGGAAUGUUCCUCCUUAUCCCCAUUGACGCCCGCCUUGUAUCCUCGCCUUCCAACAGAUGAGAUUUAUUCUUCAUAAAGGUAACUGGCCAUUAGUCACGGAA